AUGUAUUCCAUUCGAAACCUUCCAUCCAUGAGGCAUCGUGAGCAGCAGGAGGAAGACGGGGUUGAAGAUAUGACACAACUUGAAGAACUCAGCGAAUUAGCAGUGCUGUACAAUCUAAGGAAGCGGUUUGAGCGAGAAUUAAUAUAUACAUACAUCGGAAGCAUUCUGCUCUCGGUCAACCCAUACAAGAUGUAUAAUAUAUAUGGGACUGACAUGGUGUUACAGUAUGAAGGAAGGGCCCUCGGUGAAAACCCCCCGCAUCUCUUUGCUAUUGCAAGUAUCGCUUACACAAGAAUGAUGGAUGCCAAACACAACCAGUGCAUUAUUAUCAGUGGUGAAAGUGGUUCAGGAAAAACAGAAGCCACAAAACUGGUUUUGCGUUACUUAGCUGCAAUAAACCACAAGAGAAACGUAACACAGCAGAUUCUUGAAGCAACUCCCCUAUUAGAAUCAUUUGGAAAUGCCAAAACAGUCCGAAAUGACAAUUCCAGCAGGUUUGGAAAAUAUGUGGAGAUCUUUUUGGAAGAAGGUGUGAUUUGUGGUGCCAUAACCUCACAGUACCUUCUGGAGAAGUCUCGGAUUGUGUUUCAGGCCAAAAAUGAAAGAAAUUAUCACAUAUUCUAUGAAAUGCUAGCUGGUCUUCCUGGUCAACAAAAGCAGAAGUACCAGCUCCAGGAUGCAGAUACAUACUACUACCUGAACCAGGGUGGGAACUGUGAAAUUCCAGGAAAAAAUGAUUCUGACGAUUUCAGGCGGCUACUCAGUGCAAUGGAAGUCCUUAAUUUCAGUGCAGAUGACCAGAAUAGCAUCUUCCGAAUUCUGUCUUCCAUCCUUCACAUUGGGAAUAUCUACUUUGAGAAAUAUGAGGCAGACUCCCAGGAGCUUGCUUCAAUCAUCAGUGCCCGUGAGAUCCGUGUUGUGGCUGAACUGUUACAGAUCUCCCAGGAAGGCCUGCAGAAGGCCAUCACCUACAAAGUAACAGAAACCAUGAGAGAAAAAAUCUUCACCCCACUUAGUGUGGAAAGUGCCGUGGAUGCCAGAGAUGCAAUUGCCAAGAUCCUGUAUUCCCUGCUCUUCAGCUGGCUUACUGAUCGGAUAAACCAGCUGGUAUACCCAAAGCAAGAAGCCCUGUCUAUUGCAAUCCUGGAUAUAUAUGGGUUUGAGGACCUUUCAUUUAACAGCUUUGAACAACUGUGCAUCAAUUAUGCAAAUGAGUAUCUACAGUUCCUGUUCAACAAGAUUGUCUUUAAGGAAGAACAGGCAGAAUAUAUUCGAGAGCAGAUUGAAUGGAAUGAGAUCACAUUCACUGACAACCAGCCUUGUAUCGACCUCAUUGCUCAAAAGCCUUAUGGAAUACUCCGGAUACUAGAUGACCAAAGCUGCUUCCCUCAGGCAACAGAUCACACAUUUCUGCAGAAGUGUCAUUAUCACCACAGCUCGUGCCCAUUAUACUAUAAGCCAAAGAUGCCUCUGCCUGAAUUUACAGUCAAGCACUAUGCUGGAAAGGUCACCUACCAGGUCCACAAGUUCUUGGAUAAGAACCAUGAUCAAGUCAGACAAGAUGUUCUAGACCUGUUUGUCAAUAGCAAAAUGAAGAUGGUAGCUAGCCUUUUCUUCACCCACGCCCAAGUCCUGUCUCAGAAGAAGACUACAGUGGGGAAAAAUAGCACAGUUACUCACCGUUACCAAGCACCAACAGUAGCAGCAAAAUUUCAACAGUCUCUCAUGGAACUAAUAGACAAAAUGGAACAGUGCAAUCCUUUCUUUGUUCGCUGUAUCAAGCCAAAUCAUAAAAAGGAGCCUGGUUUGUUUGAGAUGGAGGCAGUCAGCCUACAGCUCCGCUACCUGGGGAUCAUGGAGACAAUACGUAUUCGAAAGGAAGGAUUUCCAGUUAGAAUCCCAUUCCAAAACUUUAUCAACAGGUACAAGACCAUUGCUGGCAUAAAGCAACAUCUUGAGGUGGAUGGGGAGAACUGUGUAUUGGUGCUGAAGAGUCUUUGUCCUAUCAACCAAGGAAUGUUCUAUGUUGGAGUCACUAAGCUUUUCCUAAAAGAACACUUAUACCAGCUGCUAGAAAGUAAACGAGAUCGGGUCAUGCAUCUCGCUGCAUUAACCCUUCAGCGAUAUACACGUGGCUUCUUCAUAAAGAAACGUUUUCGUUCACUGCGCAAAAAGGUCGUCAAGAUACAGGCUCAGUCACGAGGAUUUCUUGCCAGGCAACGGUACAAGAAGAUGAGGAAAUGCCUGGUCACAUUCAGGUCGCUAGUCCACAUUUACAUAAAUCGCCGACGGUACAUUAAGCGACAGGAAGAGGCUCGGAUGGCAGCUGAGGAGGAACAGAAGAAAAUUGAAAGAGAGCUGACAAAAAGAGAGGUUGUGAAUGUCAGUCACCUAGAAAUCCCGGCUGAUCUAUCAGGACUGCUGCAGGUUACAGCAGUCCACAAAACUGCCAAUGCUGACUGUGUCACUCAGGUUCAAGCCCCAAAAGUACAGUCCAAUUCUGCAUUAACUUUGCCUCUUGAUAUCAACAAUUACCCCAUGUCAAAGUAUGUACGCAUUCACUUCAAGGAACCUUAUUUUGGGAUGCUUACAGUGCCACUGGAGACCCCUUUAACCCAUGUAGAAGAAAAUCUGAAACAGGAAGCUGUAAAUGUGUUUAAACUGGUGCUAAGGUUUAUGGGUGACCCCCACCUCAAUGGGGCUCAGGAAAAUUUAUUUGGGAACUACAUCAUUCAGAAAGGUCUGUCUAAUGUUGGCCUCAGAGAUGAGAUUCUUGCUCAAAUAGCCAAUCAGGUGUGGAAGAGCACCAAUGUCAACAAUGCAGAGCGUGGCUGGUUCUUACUGGCCUCCUGUCUGAGUGGAUUUGCACCAUCUCCAAAGCUGGACAAAUACCUUCUUAAGUUUGUUUCUGAUCAUGCCCACAAUGGAUACAAAUCAGUUUGUCAGCAUAGACUGAUACAGGCAAUGCAAAAAUCCCAGUCUGAUCCUGAAUCAUGUCGGACUUAUCCCCCAUCUCUGUUGGAAUGGACAACAAACAGAGAGAGAGCUAGCAUGGCUCUAUAUGUUGACACCUUUGAUGGUCAACAGCUUUGCUGUCCUGUACAUUCCUGGACAACAGGAGAAGAAAUAGCAGGAGAUCUGUUAAGGCACAGAGGUGUAACAGAGGGCUGGAGAGGUUGGUGUGUCUCCAUGAAGGACGGAAACCAAUGGGCAGAGCUUGCUGGACAUGAUUACAUCCUUGAUCUAAUCUCAGACCUGGAAUUACUUAAGGACUUUCCCAAGCAGAAAUCAUAUUUCAUUAUUGCAUCAGAGAGACAUGCCAGGAACAAGAGGAAUGCAAACAUCAGUGUGUUUGGAAGUGGGUUUGAUUCUGAUGAUGACAGCCCUUCAGCUCCAGCAUAUAAAGCUGCCACAGUGCCUUCCUCCAGCCACCUGGAUUCAGAUGGUUACUACAGUCAUGAUUCUGACACCUAUGUUGAAGCUCGCUCUCAGAAAGGCCUUGAUAACUACCUUGACAGUUUGUUUGAUCCUGUACUGUCUUACGGAAAUGGAGAACUUGAGAAGCCAUCAACAUUGUCUUUCAAGAUGAAGGGUGGUGGCAAGGUGGGAGAUGGAAGUAGUAACGGAGAGCAGGCCAGUGUCAAUGCACCUGCAAAUAUUUCUUCUGGAACCCAGGCAGCAGAACCUGUGGUAUCACCAAUGAGAGGGCUAGCAGGAAUGCAAACCAGUCCUACAGCAGCAGCUUUAGCGAACUUGCAAGGUCUUGAUCAGUCCAUUCUAGCACAGCAACAAGCUUUCAUUAACCAACAAGCCUAUUUCCUGGCUCAACAGAUGACCAUGCAAGCCAUGGCUUUGCAACAGCAAAUGAACAACCCCUCUAGUACGACUCCAGUCACCAUUCCAAAGCCUUCAGUCAAAGGAUCCCCAAAAACCGCAGCCUCAAACCAGACAGUACCUCCUACUGAACCAAAGCCUAUGGAACCAGUGUCAGCUCAGAGUAAGAGUGCUGCUGAAGCUGGACCAAAGUCUGAUGUGUCACCUACUACUCCAAAAGUGAAGUCUUCCUUCCAGAAGAGCAGUAAGCUGUAUGCCCGUGUGAAUGAGCUGGCCAGCCGGUUAGCUCCUCCCAAGAUGCAUGUCUCUGAUGAAAUGCUCUAUCCCUCUCAUAACUCUGCACCUCAGCCUGCUUUAACACUACGACUGCCUGGUCCUCAUUAUUUCAAGCUGGGGUGGACUCUUCCAGGGCUCGUUCAUUCUGUUGCAAAGCAAAACAAUUCUGAUAAAGAUGAAGCUCCAGCUCCAGCUGUGCCUUCAAAACCACCAGCUUCACGGGAAGAUGUCAUUCGCCACACCACUCUGAACUCGGAGCACUUUCCAGAGCCGACCCAUAACAUUAAGGACAUCAUCAAACAGUAUCAGCAGCCAAUCAUUGUAAAAGGCAUGGAGCCAGUCAGGAGAGAAGGUGGGAAGGUGUUUAUGAAAAAGCAAGACCCCCAUGAACAGGCCAUGAUGAUCUUAAAGGGACAAAUGCCUGCACCACCUCCUCAGCCACCAAAGGAGACUGUUGCCAUGGUAAAGCCAGUUAGCAGUACCAAAGUCAAGAAACCUUCACCACCAGUGCCUGCUGGAUCCGCCAGGCCACCUGCAGCACCACCAGUUGCAAUCUCUCGUGAGCUGCUCCCGGAUGAUGAAAAAGUACAGACGCAGUUACACAGACAAUAUAGUGAAGAAUACUACACAUACACCAAUGUUCCAUGGAAAAUAUACAUCAGAAAAGAGGUGUUCUAUCCAAAGGAUAGCUUCAACAACCCAUUAGUGCUGGAUCUUAUUUUUAAGCAGAUCAUCACUGACACCUUCUCUGAGGCCUGCAUCAGAAUAACUAAAGAAGAACGAAUGAAGAUGAAAACGCUGCUUGCAGAGAACAAGGUGGAACGUUCUACUGAUGUAAAAGAUGAAACCAUAAAGAAAGAAAUUGUAACUGCUGCUCGGGACAGCUGGGAAGUUUAUUUUUCACGCCUGUUUCCUGCCACUGGUAGUGUUGGUACUGGCAUUCAGAUUCUCGGAGUAUCACAUGUUGGAAUUAAGCUGCUCAAACUGGUUAAGAGUAGUGGAAACUCCCCAGAACACCUCCGUGUCCUCCGAAGCUACAGUUAUGCAGAUAUCAUGUUUGUGACCAUCCCCUCCAAGAACAUGCUGGAAUUUAACCUGACAAAUGAAAAGCUCAUCUUGUUCUCAUCCAAAGCCCCGCAGAUUAAGAACAUGCUGGAUUACUUUCUAACCGAGCUAAAGAAGGACUCAAAUUAUGUCGUUGCAAUUCGGAAUUACAUUACAGAUGACAGAAGCCUGCUGAGCUUUCACAAAGGGGAUAUAAUCCGUCUACAGCCAAUGGAGGGCCUGGAUCAAGGGUACAGCUAUGGAUAUAUUGUCAGGAAGAGGGUCAUGUACCUAGAAGAACUCAAGAGAGGCUCAAUGGAUUUUGGCUGGAAGUUUGGAGCGAUCCAUGGAAGAUCUGGACUUUUCCCUGCUGAGUAUGUACAGCCUGUAGCAGCACCAGAUUUCAUCAACUUGCCUAUUGAUAAGAAAGAGGAACCACGAGAUAAGCAGGGGAGGGUGGCCGCAUCAGCAGCUGUGGCCGUAGCUGUGGCUUCAACGAUGGCAGCUCAGGAACUUGAUCGAAAAAUAGAGGUAUCCUCAGCAGCAAGUGAGUAUGCUGACAGUGUAGAGGAGUUUGUUGGAGAAGCAGGUGAUGACAGCCCAUUGCCAGACAGCCAAUAUACUAUGGUGGAAUUUGCCAAGAAAUAUUUCCGUGAAGCAAACCGUAAAAAACAUGAUUCUUACAAGCAGAAAUCAAAGAAAGGAAAAGAGGUUAAGGAUCCGGCUGAGAUGCUGAAGUAUGUGAAAUCUCAAAUCCAGGAGUCCCUUAUAGAGUUCAGCGAUGAAAACAUGAACAAAGUUGCAGCAGAGACCUUCUUAGCAAUAAUGAAAUUCAUGGGGGACUACCCACUGAAGGGGCAGACUGAGCAAGAUACCGUCUACACCAUUCUUAAGCUGUGUGGAGAACAUGAGGUGAUGAAAGAUGAAGCUUACUGCCAGAUUAUCAAACAGAUUACGGAAAAUACCAGCUCCAAAACUGACAGCUGCCAGAAAGGAUGGAGACUUCUCUACAUCCUGUCUUCCUACUAUAAAUGCUCUGAAGUUCUUAAGCCCUAUCUGUUACGAUUUCUACAAGAAAUCUGCAGGAGCCCUGGUAUCCAGUUUCAAGGAAUUGCAAAAGCUUGUGAACAGAACCUCAGAAAGACAAUUCAUUUUGGAGGGAGAAAGGAAUUUCCUGCGGCAAUGGAGCUCAAGGCUAUGGUGGCUGGAAGAAGUGCAAAGCGCCAGCUAUUUCUUCUGCCCGGUGCAAUUGAGAGACAUCUCAAAAUAAAAACAUGCACGGUGGCACUAGAUGUUAUCGAGGAGCUGUGUUAUGAAAUGGCAUUACACCGACCAGAAGCGUUAGAUGAAUAUGCCAUUUUUGCAGUUACCAACAGAGGUCAGAAUGUCCGUCCACUAAGCAAAAGAGAAUACAUCCUAGAUGUUGCCACAGAGAUAGAGCAGGUGGACAGUAACUUCAUGUUCUGGUUCCGACGUGUAAUCUGGUCUCAGUCACUCAGAUUUGAGAAUGAGCUGUUUGUCACGAUGCACUACAACCAGGUACUCCCUGACUAUUUGAAGGGACUCCUUAACAUUAUACCUCGCGGAAAGGCCAGUGAUCCCCAACUGCAGCAGAUAUCCAAGCUAACAGCACUACAGCAUCGGGCCAAGGACAGCGUCUACUUGCCAACCAUACGUGAAGUACAGGAGUAUAUCCCCUCUCAGUUCUUCGCACAGCUACGACCUCAGCAGUGGAUGAAUAUUGUAAUGCAGCAUAUGCAACAGAUACAAGCAUUAAGCCCACACCAGGCCAGAGCCCAAUUCUUAGGUCUGGUGAGUGCCUUCCCGAUGUUUGGUUCCUCCUUCUUCUAUAUCCAGAGCUGUAGCAACAACACCAUUGUGUCUCCCUGCAUCUUGGCUGUCAAUCAGAAUGGCCUGAACUUCCUUAACAAAGAGACACAUGAAGUAACUAUGAAGUUCUCACUGAUAGAAGUUCAGUCGACACGGACACAGCAGCCUGAAGCUGGUUCCAGUUAUCCAUAUGUUGAAAUCAUGUUGGGAGAUCUGAUGUCACAAAGAAUAACCCAGCUUCAGCUUGAGCAGAGCCUGGAGCUAUGCAGGGUGAUAGCUAUGCACAUGGAGUGUCUUCUGUCUGCCCGUGAGAAACGACUUAUCCUGCCACCCAGUGAAAUUACUCUGCUUUAAACAGCAAGGACAGAUGUCUGUGUCUACUGCCUCCUAUUGUGAAACUGCCUUGUGGAUGCUUAGCAGAAAACUGGCAGAGCAACAUCAAGCCUCCUAGGCUGAAAAACAGGCAGACAUAUGGCGAGCGUUUAUAUCUUCUGUAAAGACAGUUGCAAUGUACUGAAAGUAGCACCUUUGAGGCGGUGAAAAGAUACAGUGUAAACUUUUUUUGCUAUAUGGAAAAUGUUCUGAACACUUAACAGGUACAAUCCACUGCCUUACUUUUUUUAUUAAAUCACAGUAUGUUUUGGUGUAUGUCUAUGCAUGUAUGUACAGUAUGUGUGUGUGUGUGUGUGUGUG